AGCGCGCCCCUCCGCCGACCUCUUCUCCCCUCCGCCCCUGCCGAAGGGGCCGGUGAGCUGGCCGGCAGCAGGCCUCGCUUGGGGAGCGCCCCACUUUCUCCGGCUUCGACUCCUCCGGCGUCUCCGGCCGAGGGGCACCGCCGAGGCUCCCAGAUGGAAAAACGGGGCAAGAGAGUGGACUGUCCGGCGUUGCCUCCCGGGUGGAAGAAGGAGGAGGUCAUCCGCAAAUCGGGGCUGAGCGCCGGCAAGAGCGAUGUCUACUACUUCAGUCCAAGUGGGAAGAAGUUCCGAAGCAAACCCCAGUUGGCCAGAUACUUGGGGAACACGGUUGACCUCAGCAGUUUCGACUUCAGGACAGGGAAGAUGAUGCCAAGUAAAUUGCAGAAGAACAAACAGAAAUUACGGAACGAUUCACUCAAUCAAAACAAGGGUAAACCAGAUUUAAACACAACGUUGCCAAUCAGACAAACAGCUUCUAUUUUUAAACAGCCUGUUACCAAAGUUACGAACCAUCCUAACAACAAAGUGAAGUCUGAUCCACAACGAGUGAUUGAGCAGCCCAGACAGCUUUUCUGGGAGAAGAGGCUUCAAGGCUUAAGUGCAUCAGAUGUCAGUGAGCAGAUCAUAAAAUCCAUGGAGCUUCCUAAAGGCCUUCAAGGAGUGGGCCCCGGGAACAGUGAUGACACCCUCUUGUCGGCUGUGGCCAGCGCAUUGCACACGAGUUCCGCGCCCAUCACAGGACAACUCUCGACCGCCGUGGAAAAAAACCCAGCUGUGUGGUUAAACACAUCGCAGCCUCUCUGCAAAGCCUUCAUUGUCACGGAUGAAGACAUUAGGAAGCAAGAGGAGCGAGUGCAACAGGUACGGAAAAAACUGGAGGAGGCACUGAUGGCAGACAUCUUGUCCCGGGCUACGGAUGCAGCAGAAGUAGAUGAGGUCGAAAUGGACAAUGGAGAAGAGGCAUAAGAAUUAAAUAAUCAGGUACUUUAAAAAAAAGAAAAAGAGACUCCCAGAUAAAAAUUUCUGGAAAUUGGAAGUGCUUUUAUGAUUUCCGUUGGUCUUUUGUGAUAGAAGAAGACCUCUGCACAUUUAUAUAGCUUUCUAAUAGCAUUAAAAACCAAUGCCCUUUUUCGGCUCUUAUUAUUAUUAUUAUUAUUAUUAUUUUAUUAUCCUAUUUUUGAUGUACAUAUCUUGUUAAGAAAAGAAAGAAAAAAAGGGGGGGGAGAAAAAGAAAGAAAAGAUCCUACUCUUUAUUUUGUGUCUUACGACUUCAAAAGUCUUGUUUUUAUUUUUUAUUUUAUUUGUUUGGCGAUGUCAAGCAGUUCCUGAAGACUGAAGCUGAGCUUUUUCGAUGCCAAGUUGGCGAUCCUGUAGUGACGACCUGGCAAGCACUAAAUAAUGAGCAUUUCUUCUUCUUCUUUUUUAUGUGUGCGUUUUUUUGCAAGAAUAGAUCAGGAAAACAGAUUGUUUCCCAGUUUAAAAAAAGAAAAGAAAAGAGAUUGUGUCAUGAUUUCUUGUACAUAUAUUAUAUAAAAGAUUUUUUUUUAUACUGGAACUGAAUGGGAAAAAAUCUGUAAAUUGACCCAUCAUCAUUCUCUAAAGAGAAAUAAAUACUUUUAUUCAGAGCAAUUACAAUUUUUAGAGUAAUGUACUAUAAUUUAAGGCAAGGCUCCUAUCUCUAUUACUGAGCAUUAGGCAGAGAUAAUAUUGUUCAGUGAAAAUAGCGAAUGCCGAAUGUCAAGCUGCUAAAGCCUUUUGUUAAGUUUAUUGGGAAAUUUAUUUGCACUCUUGACCAAAUUACGGAAGCACUUCAACGAGUGUGCAAUUUUCCCACAUCGGAUUUGGAGCCUCCGUCCUCCUUUUUAUAAAAUGGGAAAAUCAUGACCUACCUCACAGGGUUGUUGUGAGGAUGAGCUUAAUAAAAAAAAAAGGAAAGUAUUUUUUCAAUGAAA